AUGUUAGCUAGCAGUGUUUUCCGAUUUGGUCAGGUUCCUAUGAGAGGUCUCCUUGGCAAAACAGGUUGUUAACCUAAGUGUAAAUAUGUGAGAUAAAUGAUAAAUAUUGAUAAGACAGAAGAUAACAAAUCGCCCACUGGCGAUGUUUGAAAGGUGUCCAGUUAAUGCAGUGGAGUAUAUAUGGUUAUAAGUGCAAUAGUUGGUUUGUUUGAUGAAAGGUGAUCUGAAUGUGAUAUAGUUUUAAGUGGUCUCAUAGUCUUGGAAAUGUGUAUGAGAGGUGGUUUUAGAGUCACGCUCUGACAGGAAGAGGCGGCUUGUGCACCGGGCCCAACAGGGAUUUCACAGCCAUGUAAACGACCGAUGGAAAAGCUUUCUCAGGAGUGGAGUUUCCCCCUGACAGUGUCCAGAGUGUUGGAGAGGAUAAACAACAUGACCUGCUAGCAACAUACAGAGCAAGAUGGACAGGCAAUAACAAAGAGUUACAUCAGGGGUGGUGUUGGUCCGUUAUGACAAGCUGCUGUGCAGAAGAUGACCACCCUUUCUGCGACUGAUAUCAGUGAUGUUAGUCAUGGGGAGAGUCUGGGCUGUGUCAGUAAGGAGGGCUCUUCAGUUGCAGAAGUGAAACAUGAGGUUCAUUCUUCUCCAAGUCAGCCAGCUUCAUUCUCCAGUUCUCCUAACGAACUGAGCGACACGCUGCCCAUGGAACCUAGCGACAUCAAGUUGGAUCCCUCCACUGACACACCUGCUCCAGAGGGUCAACCGGUGAAGAGGAAGAAGGGCCCUGCUCCCAAAAUGCUGGGAAAUGAGGUGUGUAGCGUGUGUGGGGAUAAAGCCUCCGGCUUCCACUACAAUGUGCUGAGCUGUGAGGGCUGUAAGGGCUUCUUCAGACGCAGUGUGAUAAAAGGAGCACAGUACGUCUGCAAGAACUCAGGCCGCUGCGAGAUGGACAUGUACAUGCGCCGCAAGUGCCAGCAGUGCCGGCUGCGCAAGUGCAGGGAGGCGGGUAUGCUGGAGCAAUGUGUGCUCUCAGAGGAGCAAAUUCGGCUUAAAAAGAUGAAAAAGCAGCAUGAGGAAGAGGCAGCCCGGAGCUCUACCGUAGCCACCCCCAGCCCAGCCCCUGAGGUCGCCCCGCUGGCUCCUGAACAGCAGGAAAUGAUCGAGAAGCUUGUGGCCAUGCAGAAACAGUGCAACAAACGCUCCUUCAUUGACCGGCUCAAAGUCACCCCAUGGCCACAGAGUCAGGACCCACAGAACCGGGAGGUGCGGCAGCAGCGUUUUGCUCAUUUCACUGAGCUGGCAAUCAUGUCGGUGCAGGAAAUCGUAGACUUUGCUAAACAGCUGCCUGGUUUCCUGGAGCUCACUCGUGAGGACCAGAUAGCCCUGCUCAAGACCUCUACAAUAGAGAUAAUGCUUCUAGAAACAUCUCGGCGCUACAAUCCAGCAAUGGAGAGCAUCACUUUCCUCACUCCGGACUUCAGCUACAACAAGGAUGACUUUGCCAAAGCAGGGCUACAGAUCGAGUUCAUCAACCCCAUCUUUGAGUUCUCUAAGGGCAUGAAUGACCUGCACCUGGACGAGGCAGAGUACGCACUGCUUAUUGCCAUCAACAUCUUCUCAGCAGACCGUCCCAACGUGCAGGAUCAUGAUUUAGUGGAAAAGCUCCAGCAGCCAUACGUGGAUGCCCUGCAUUCAUACAUCCGGAUAAAAAGACCCAAUGAUCACUUGAUGUUCCCACGCAUGCUGAUGAAGUUGGUGAGCCUGCGCACCCUCAGCAGCGUGCACUCUGAGCAGGUCUUUGCCUUGCGCCUGCAAGACAAAAAACUCCCGCCACUGCUCUCUGAAAUCUGGGAUGUCCACGAGUGAAGCCCCAGCCAGCCCCCAGGACAGAGUCAUACAGAAUCAGGGUAGUGUGGCGGAUGGGUAGUGGGGAGCAUAGCCUCACAAUUUCCUUCAGGCCCAAGACGUCACUCUGUAAUUGACUCAGCCUUGAGGAGGCUGAUUUUAUCUUCCUAUUUACACACAUUUAUGCUCUCCUGUGCAGGAUACAGUGGUCUGCUUAUUCAGAAUGAGCUUUCUAAAGACUGUGUUGCCAGAUGAGACUUUAGGACUGUUUGUGCCUAAGCCUGGGUGAAUUGCAUUGGCAGUACUGGUUUCUCCAGCAUUGAAGCUCUGAGUUGUUAUGGACCCAGAAACCUGCUCACUGGAAUGAAUGACUACAAAUUGUUUCUUUAAGGUGGUUGUCUUGUUUUUAUUUCAUGUUUUGAGUACCAAAAGUUCUAAGCAGGUCUUGGCAAUGGUUCCUGGUCUUCAUUGAAAUAAUUAUCAUUGUGGCUCUCUGUUGUUCCUUUUUGUUUUUGUGGUGGCCACAUUUCCUCUGUGACAACUUGGAACAGAAUAGCUCAAAAUGAAAGGGUUAUGUUCCACAAGCCUACAGUUGCAUUACAUCACCAUUAUGCUAAAUCAGAUGCAGGAAGUUUAUUUGUAGCACAGGUUUAACAAGGUGAAUGGAAGGCCGUAGCAAAGAGUUUAUCUCUGUGCUCUAUGAGCAUCUUUCAUUCCUAAACUUUGGGAUGAAAAAGCAGUAGAGUUUAAACAUUGCCGAGGAGCAGUGCUCCUACACCAUUUUUAUUUGAAAAAUUAAAAGCCUCUUCCACACUACACACUUUGUUGCUUCAUUGUAAAUACUUUAAGCUCCCGAUAUUUAAGGGAUGUUCUGAUUCAGCCAUGUGAUAUAACAAAUUAUUCUAGAAUGGCAACUUUUUUAGUGUGAAAUGUGUUCAGUGUAGGAAUUGUGGAAUGUGAAAGGGGCAAUAUGAAUUUUUUCAAACAUUCUGUCUGGGCUAUUUGGUUCCAAGUUGCAACAGUGAAAAUGUGGCAAACGCAUCAGGAUUCUGAACCGACUGAUCAGUUGGGUAUGCCAGAGAGCCUCUCGAUCGGUGUUCCUACUUAAUGAAGUCAUGGGUUUAGAACUUUCAUGCCUACUGCAUUAUUCAUUUAAAGAUGUGAACAUGCCAUUUAUGUGGAGAACUUGGGCUUAUAUAUGUUGCGGUAAAAUCUCAUGUUCACAGUCUAUGGAGUGAAGGUGAUGAUGAACGAAAUGCAAUCUCGGGUUCAUAUUACAAGGACUAAAUAAAUAAAUAAAUAAAUAGAUAAUCCAGUGAGCCACUUACAGGGAUUGGCAGGAGUCACUGGACCUGUCAACAUAAACCAGUAUGCUGCUCAACUUACAAACCUGCUGUAAGGCUGGCAAGAAACUUUGUGUGAAAAUCAUCUAACCAUUAAACAUAGGCCUAGUUUUCACUUUUUGUGUUCUACGGUAACCGUGUCCAUUUACUGCAAUUCACAGUCUAUCAUACCACAGCUUCAUUAGCUAGCAUAUUUGUAUACACAGAGAUCUCUCUAUUUGAGAGAUCUCUCUGCUGUUGUUAAGUGGUUUUCUUGCGAAUGGUGUUUUACAAGAUUUUAACCAUUUCUUCUAUUACUGCAAAACCUCAGUGUCCUGUUAUUGUUGCAGAAUAGAACAGUACAAUAUCAUGGGUCUUCCGAACUAGGGGCUAAAUUAGCUUUUCAGUACUAUUUCUUAUAUCUCUUAUGAGGUCUUAGUGUUGAACCCAUGCUCUGACAGCUUUCUGUAUGCUUUCUGCAUUCUCAUCUUUAACCACUGCUCUCCAUGCCAAUCAGACAACUUUUGCUUGGUAGUUUCUGUCAGCCACUUCAAGUCAUUCUAACUACCCCAAAUCAGUUACAUGGUUGUAAAAGUGAUGCUUUGAAAUUGAAUUUGAUCUUAAUCAUCUUUUUCAAGUUACAUUAUUAUUUUGCAUUGUAGCUUGGUAGGAAAUGUCUUACCCUGCCUCUGGUUAGUUGGGUGAAGUGGCUUUGUCCUUCUCUCAAAACACCAACAACAUGCAAAGACAAUAACCUCAAAGUAGCUACUGUACAUUGGUCACUGGUAGCUCUAACAGGAAUUAGAGUAAUACCAGCACUUUAGUGUGGUGAACUUAGGCUUGGAGAUGGCCUAGAACCAAAUCAAUGCAAAUUUCUGUAAAAUGUUGCCAUAUUAUUAUUAUUAUUAUUAUUAUUAUUGUUAUUAUUUUUCAGGAUUCUUAUUUGGCUUGUAUAAUUAGCUCCAGCUAAUUGACAUGCUUUAGUCCCAGUUAAGUAGUCAGUUUUUCUAAUUUAAACUCCAAUCAAGAACUGAUGAAACAGUACUAUGUCUCAUUACUUGUGAACUUGCACAUUGUACAUUGAAAGGAUGUGUUAUCAUUUGAGCACUAAAAUAGCUUGCAGGCUGCAUUGAAUAUUGCAGGGGUUGUCAUUGAAUGAUUGGGAAUUGAGUUGUUAGGUUUGAACAGCACUAUUUUGUGGCUGAAUAAUGAUUUGGUGGUGUUCUUUGAUGAUGUUGUUGUAGAAUUUAUCUGAAUCAGGAACGUAGAGUUUACAUCAUAGGUUUAUAACUUUAAAUUAUACCAUUUACUUAAUUGCAGUAAAUGUAUAAAACCUUAAGCCCUUGUCCUUGAAACAUGCCCUGAAGACCUGAUGCUUUUCCUUCCUGCAUGAUAUGUCUUUGAGACUGUGUUUUAAAAACUUUUGUUGUCAGUAAUGUUAAUCUCUUUCAAAAGGUUAUUGAAAUGCUAGUUCCUCUUAGAUGUGAGAUUUAUAAGCAUUAGACCUGCAAUAAUUCUGUCAAAGUGAUACUAGGUAUUUUAAACUGAUAAUGAGGACAAUUUAAAGGUAAUUUGCAAAUCAUUGGAAUCAGAUUUGAAUUAAAUGCAUACCUUAACACGGUAAAUUCUUUUAAAUUGUAUAUCGUACAGGUGAUGAUGUAUGUCCUGUUGAUCUCUCAUGACAGCAGUACACUUCAGUCCAUAAAUUGAUCCUUGUAUUGUUUUCUAAUCCCACACAGGAAACAUUAUCAGGUAUAGCAUAAUUUAACACCUUCCAUCAAAGCAGUGUGCAUUUGCAAUGUCUACUUCCAUUUUUUUUUUCUUCCAAUCAACAUUAAUAAAUGUGUUGGCUUCUAACAGAUUGCUAAUGUACCAGGCGAACGUUUAGUACAGAGUUGAUUGUAAUAAUUUAUUUUUUAAUGCCCUGCUGGGUGGACCUUUUACUCUUAAUUAAUCUGACCUCCUGUGGUGUGGCAUCAAACGAUGGUGACAUAGGAAUGCGAACUUGUUUUAACGCCUUAAGUCCUUGGAUAAACUGCUUUAUAUGUAUAAAUUAAAAUCUGACAAAUUUUAUUGUUCUGCCAGAGUAUAUAUAUAUUUGUUUGUUGAAAAAGCUGAAGAAAUGUAGAUGACUAAACACCUCAACUAUUCUUUAUACAGAAAUAUAUUGACCUGAAACAUGGAACUGCUCAUUGUCUGUGUCUUUUUAUUCUUCUGCAGUUUUUAAUAGAUUGAGUUUACCUUGUAAAUAAACUUGAAAGUCAAAA